GUGGGUGUGGGUGCGUGUGGGUGUGGGGUGUGGGUGUGGGUGUGGGUGGGUGUGGGUGGGUGGGUGUGGGUGUGGGUGUGGGUGUGGGUGUGGGUGGGUGUGGGUGGGGUGUGGGUGUGGGGUGUGGGUGUGGGGUGUGGGGUGUGGGGUGUGGGUGUGGGUGUGGAUGGGUGUGGGUGUGCGUGCGGGUGAUGAGAAAAUCCACACCCACACCCACACCCACACCCACACCCACAACCUCACCCACACUCUCACCCACAUCCUCACCCACACUCACACUCACACUCACACUCACAUCCACACCCACACUCACAACCACACACCCACAACCACACCCACAACCACACCCACAACCACACCCACACCCUUUUUUUGAUUUAGAAAUAUGGAAAAGAUGUUGCACAAGUAAUUCGAUCAGAAUUUUCUGGUGAUGCAGAAGAUGCUUAGCUUGUUUUAACCCUUUGGUGCCGGGUGUGGUAUAUAUACCACCUCAGAUUUUGAGAAAUACUCGAAAUAGUAUUUAUACCACUCCAGCCGCCAAAGGGUUAAAGUAAUAAAUAAUAAUUUAUUUAGCAACCUACAUAAAGCUUGUUAAUGUCCUAUAUGGCCAACAGGCGAUUUUAUCGCAUUUAUUCAGAAGCUUAAAUAAAAAUACUUUAUUUUUUCAAAAAACCCAGGCACCAAAGGGUUAAUAACAUGUAUACGUGAUCGACCCGCAGUUUUUGCUGAAGGUUUACAUAAAGCAAUUGCUGCUUUAGGUACAAGAGAUUCAACACUUAUUCGUGUUAUUGUUACACGUUCAGAAAUUGAUCUUGCACAAAUUAAACAACGAUAUCAACAAAUGUGUCAUCGUUCAUUAGCUCAAGAUAUUGGAGGUGAUACAUCGGGAGAUUAUAAACUAAUUCUUUUAGCAAUUAUAAAAUGA